CCUGAUACCUGCCAGCAGUUUGAAUAGAGGGACAUAACCGCCACGGAAUGCCUGCUCAUAGGGUCUGCCCUGUGGUACGCGUCAUUUCAACUGGUUUUGCUCCAUCCACCCGUGGGAAGGUAGGAGGCAGGAGCCUGGAGCAGAGAGCGAGCAGAGACUGCGGCCAGAGCCUCCAGCUUCCGAUGCUUAGUGGACGUGGUACCCGUGAAGAACGAGCAGGGGGCUGUCAUCAUGUUCAUCCUCAACUUUGAGGACCUGGCCCAGCUGCUGGCCAAGAAUAGCAGUCGCAGCCUGACCCAGCGCCUGCUGUCCCGCAGCUUUCUGGGCUCCGAGGGCUCUCAUGGCAGGCCGGGUGGACAGGGGCCCGGCCCAGGCAGGGGCAAGUACAGGACUGUCAGCCAGAUCCCGCAGUUCACACUCAACUUCGUGGAGUUCAACCUGGAGAAGCACCGCUCCGGUUCCACCACAGAGAUCGAGAUCAUUGCUCCACACAAGGUGGUAGAGCGAACGCAGAACGUCACUGAGAAGGUCACCCAGGUCCUGUCCCUGGGUGCAGACGUGCUGCCAGAGUACAAGCUGCAGGCACCACGCAUCCACCGGGGGACCAUCCUGCACUACAGCCCCUUCAAGGCUGUGUGGGACUGGCUCAUCCUGCUGCUGGUCAUCUACACAGCUGUCUUCACGCCCUACUCGGCUGCGUUCCUGCUCAGUGACCAAGAUGAGUCACAGAGGGGAGCCUGCGGCUACACCUGCAGUCCACUCACCAUGGUGGACCUCAUCGUGGAUAUCAUGUUUGUCGUGGACAUUGUCAUCAAUUUCCGUACUACCUACGUCAACUCCAACGAUGAAGUGGUCAGCCACCCCCGCCGCAUUGCUGUCCACUACUUCAAGGGCUGGUUCCUCAUCGACAUGGUGGCCGCCAUCCCCUUUGACCUGCUCAUCUUCCGCACUGGAUCUGAUGAGACCACCACCCUGAUUGGGCUGCUGAAGACAGCGCGGCUGCUGCGGCUGGUGCGUGUGGCGCGGAAGCUGGACCGCUACUCUGAAUACGGGGCAGCGGUGCUCUUCCUGCUCAUGUGCACCUUUGCCCUCAUCGCCCACUGGCUGGCCUGCAUUUGGUACGCCAUCGGCAAUGUGGAGCGGCCCUACCUGGAGCCCAAGAUCGGCUGGCUGGACAGCCUGGGCGCUCAGCUUGGCAAGCACUACAACGGCAGCGACCCAGCCUCCGGCCCCUCGGUGCAGGACAAGUAUGUCACAGCCCUCUACUUCACCUUCAGCAGCCUCACCAGCGUGGGCUUCGGCAACGUUUCACCCAAUACCAACUCUGAGAAGGUCUUCUCCAUCUGCGUCAUGCUCAUCGGCUCACUCAUGUAUGCCAGCAUCUUCGGCAACGUGUCAGCCAUCAUCCAGCGCCUGUACUCGGGCACCGCGCGCUACCACACGCAGAUGCUGCGUGUCAAGGAGUUCAUCCGCUUCCACCAGAUUCCCAACCCGCUGCGGCAGCGCCUGGAGGAGUACUUCCAGCACGCCUGGUCCUACACCAACGGCAUCGACAUGAACGCGGUGCUGAAAGGCUUCCCCGAGUGCCUGCAGGCCGACAUCUGCCUGCACCUGCACCGCGCGCUGCUGCAGCACUGCCCGGCCUUCCGCGGCGCCAGCAAGGGCUGCCUGCGCGCGCUCGCCGUCAAGUUCAAGACCACGCACGCGCCGCCCGGGGACACGCUGGUGCACCUGGGCGACGUGCUCUCCACGCUGUACUUCAUCUCCCGCGGCUCCAUUGAGAUCCUACGCGACGACGUGGUCGUGGCUAUCCUAGGGAAGAAUGAUAUCUUUGGGGAGCCCGUUAGCCUCCACGACCGACCAGGCAAGUCCAGCGCGGAUGUACGGGCCCUGACCUACUGUGACCUGCAUAAGAUCCAGCGCGCAGACCUGCUGGAAGUAUUGGACAUGUAUCCUGCCUUUGCGGACAGCUUCUGGAGUAAGCUGGAGGUCACCUUCAACCUGCGGGACGCAGAUGGGGGUCUCCAGUCACCACCCCAGCAGGCCCCCGGCAAAGACCGCCAAGGCUUCUUCCUCAGUGACAACCAGCCAGCUGGGUCUCCAGCGUCUUUCCAGGGGUACAAGCUACCAGGUCCUGCAAACCAGACCUCUGUAGUAGCAAGGCCUCACGCUCCGGGGCACCCAGGUGCGGCGCCAUCCCUGAGCUUCUCAGAUGCACCUGGCCUCUGGCCUGGGUUGCUCCAGCAGAUGCCUCCAAGGCGCAGGCUGCCAAACCUGCAGCAGGGGCCAGAGUGCUGGUCUCAGGAACUCGGCUCCAGGCUAGAGCAGCUCCAAGCCCAGAUGGACAGGCUGGAGUCCCGCAUGUCAUCAGAUCUCAGCCACAUCCUGCAGCUGCUUCAGCAGCCCAUGCCGCAGAGCCAUACCAGCUACAUCCUGAGAGGCCCUGCCUCCAGUGACCUGGCCUUGUUUCCUGCGGCCUCAGCAACUCAGAGUCCCGGGCCCAGGCUGCUCCUGGGCCAUCUGCCCCCUGCACAGAACCUACCUUAUGGUGACUUAAACACAUGUACACCGAAGCACAGGAAUUCCUCUUCCGGGAUGCCUCACCUGGCUGUGGCGGUAGACAAAGCCUUGACGCCGUCCUUGGAACAGGAGCAGCCUGAGGGGCUCCUGUCACCCCUGCCCUCACCGCUGUGUCCCCUGGAGGUACAGGGGCUUGUCUGUGGUCCUCGCUUUCCCUCCCUGCCUGAACACCUUGGCUCUGUUCCCAAGCAGCUGGCGUUCCAGCGAUAUGGCUCAGAUCCUGGAUUCACAAGGAGUUAGGACCACUGAAUCCCAGGAUAAAAGCCUCCACACGGAGAUUACAGGUGGCUGAGGUGAGAGUUAAGAAUCGGAGGAAGCAGACAGGCCCAAAGAUGGGCCUCUGAAAACCAUUCUCCUAGAGUAACUACAAAUUGCUAAUCCAGGUGAGCCCAGGUGACAUAGAGGACUUUGGCCAGCCCUCCUUAGGGGCUCUGUGUAGACAGCAAGCCCUCCCAAAGGCGGGGGAGCUCAGGUGUGAAGGUAGCUUAAAAGAUAGAUCUGUGAAGGAGAAGUAAGAAGUUUCUGGUCUUCCUUGAGAGUCUUGCUCCGGGUUGCACGUGUGAUCACCUCCUGGCUCAAAAUCAGCUGCCACCUCAAGGUCCAGUACUAAGGCAGAGGCCUGGACAGACCUCCUGCCAGGAUCCUCCAACCAGGCUAGAGGUAAAGGUGUCCUCUCUGGUAGACGGGGCGGAGCAGAACUUCAGUCCUGAGCCCCUGCCUCCCUGCUAGUCCCAUGACAAUAUCUGGGUCCCUUGAAGGCAGUGGAAUGUCGCGAAGCUAAUAAAGUCAACACAUUUCAUGUUGGGUCUGAGUCUCGUCCUGUUUUUAACUGCGCUGUGGCCUUCUCAAGGAGUGGGAUAGGGGCUCACUCUUCACCACAUCCAGCAUGUUGGAGACCUGCAGGUGGCUCAUCUGGGGCUGUUCUCCAUACUGGGGUGGAGGGCAGCAGAUGAGGUUUGGCGGCCACAGGGAAUUAUGACAACAGCGAACACUUGCCGGGCAGUCCCCGUGUGCUAGACACCACCUUGACUGCAACGCAGGUAAUUAGAUUCAUGUCAUCCUCAAAACACCUCUGAGCGGUCAGCAUUACUAUCUCCAUGUAGGAGACGUAGCGUCAGUAGUGGAGAGACUAAGAAACUUAAAUGAGCAUGUGGAGGGCUUGUCCGUUUUCCAACACGGUGCUGGUUGCGUAGGUGUGUUCAGGUUGUGAAAACAUGUGCUUCUGUGGGUGAACU